UUGCACCCCUUCGUGUUUGUUGCGUAGAGUGUCAGAAAUACGCAAUAUGCUUUCACGCUUCUGCAGAAGCGACUUCAGAGUCUAUUUAUCUACAUCAUAAUCCUCGUCCAGACUGCAUUAGUAGCCCUCGUUUUGUUUUGUGGGGAACACGCUUCGGGACCUCGUUUAAUUUCAUCCUCAAGGAGCGAGUGGAAACUCAAGUAAAUAUGGCUCAACUAAGCGCAUAUGAGGGCGAGAGACGCUGGAAAUUACGCUCGCAUUUUUUCAAGAGGAAAGAAUGGUCCGCGUAAUAGGAAGACCUGAAACGUGAGGGUGAAAUUACUGGGAGAAACAGAGAUAGCGGGACGGCGAGAAAUACAAAGAGGGACAACGCGGUGUGGGAGGGAGAGAGAGAGAAUCGGUGAAGUGGGAGAAGCACUGGCCUAGAUGUUUGAAACGUCAGGAGUUAGUCUUUUCUUCUAGUUCACUGGGUGAUUAUUAAAAGCUGCCUUCUCUGGGACCGACGGACCGGGGCCAUAGGGAGUAUUUGCUGACCUGCGAGUCCUGUAACUGCACUUAAAUGGAAUAUUUAGUGUGUUACGUUUUGAAUGUGCAAAUAUAAACAUGUGCGUCGGGACAAUCGUGUGCUUUUAAUGUUGCUUAUUUUAGCAUUGAUUAAACACGUCCUGCAACGUGUUAUGAAAUGCCCCUCUACUUCUACAUUUUCUAUAUCUAAAUAUACUGUCACGUUGCAACAUUCCUUUUGACUGAUAGCAAUGGCAGUUGAAUCUGACAGCGGCAGAGGUACUACACGAAGUGCUCAUGAGAAAAGCCCCAGGGCGCUGGAGCGCAAUGGCUAUGUGAAAACAUGUGUCACCCCUUUGUAUCAGGACCACGAGUGCCAGUCGUGGGUAAGACUGACUGAGACUUGGAACUCCAGAAGCCUUUCGUCUGUGGUGUGCGUGGGGUCUGUUUCAGUUAUUCUCGCUCUAGUGGUUAAAUUCGUUGACUGGGAUGUGGACUUAAACCACAGCGGCAGUAGCGGCAGCAGCGCCUACGACAGUGAUUCGGGAUCUUUUUUUCAUCAUGUUACGAGCAGUGUGCUGGAGCUACCUUUAACCUUGUGGCAUUUGAUUUCUCCCAUCUUCACUCUCGUAUGUGCCUUCUUUUGGAUCGGCCUGUAUCUGAUCCGGUGCGGAGUGCUGAUUAGAACUGCCGUGUUUCUGUUGACAGUCUGUCACUUGGGCGAAGCGGCGGCACAGUCUCUCUUGCACGGAGCCGAUGACCAGCUGCUCUCGUUCACGGCAACCGUGGUGGUGCUCGCCUGCCUGGCAAGCGGGGCACUCAUGGUUGUGAGACUCGGCCAGGGGGUCUCUGUCAUCAUUUUCAUCAGCAUCAUCAGGACAAUCUCGCUCAUUUCGUUGCACAAAGUACGUGCCAGUUGGAGACCUUACUUGGCGUACCUGGUCGGGGUAUUGGGCGUCCUGCUGGCGAGGUAUGCUGACAGGCUUUUGCCGAACCAAGGGACUCUCAAGGAAGGCUGUACCUCGGUGAUAGGGGCAAGGGAAGACAUCCCGGUGUUUAAAAGGCGAAGGAGGUCCAGCUCUGUAGUCUCAUCAGACAUGGCACAUCAUAGUCAGUCCAACAGCAAGUCACACAGAAGGACAUCAUUGCCAUGCAUUCAAAGAGAACAGAUGCUCUCACAGCCUGAAUGGGACCACAAGAGAGGCGCCCGAGGAUCCGCGUCAUCUGGCACCAGUGUGAUGGUGGACAUUGGGGUAAUGGGUGAGGCCCACGGCAUGAUCACGGACCUGCUGGCUGACCCGUCGUUGCCGCCCAACACCUGCAGCUCCCUUCGGGCCGUCAGCAACCUGCUCAGCACGCAGCUCACCUUCCAGCCACUGCACCGGCCACGCCUCAGUCCACUGGUGUCCUUCAGCGACACACACGCCUGCUCCGACUCUGAGGAGGGCGCGGAGAAGGGCGAGAAGCUGGCCAUCCCCAAGCGACUAAGGCGGUCGCUGCCCCCAGGCCUGCUGCGGAGGAUCUCGUCCACCUGGACCACCACCACCUCCGCCACGGGCCUGCCCACCAUUGAGCCCGGCCCGGUGCGUCGCGACCGCAGCGCCAGCAUCAAGCCCAGCCAUGACGGCCCCAUCAGCAGUAUGGUGAAUAACGAGUCAUGGAACAGCUCCGUCAUGUUGACCAUCUCUAAGAGCAGGUCCAUGUCUGCCUCUUAUGCUCCCUCAGCCUCCAAUCAUUUGUACAACAAGAGGCUAAACAGACCAGGUUACCCUCCCUCCAACAUCUCGCCCCUGGCGUCUCCGUGCCACUCUCCCCCAGCGCAGGGCACCCCAGUGAGCAGCCCCACUGCCAAGACCCCGUCCAUGGAGCUGCCCGAGUGUGCUGCUCCCCUGGGGGAGGUGGUCCCCAAGCGGGCCCCGCACCGAGCCUUAACACACAGCCAGAGUGCACCCAGCUCCACCACCCCAGCUUCACAAUGGGGCCCACCGCCACUCUGUAGCAGCUGCGGGAGACCCUACAAUAAACUUGCCCAUGGAGAAGGCUCUAUGGACCGAGGGGACAGGGUACCGCAGAUAGAUGACCCAGUGCUGGCUUCAUCUGACUAUGACAGCACCUACGAGACCAACCACAGUGACAGCAGCGAUUUUGCACAGAACGAAGACGAUGGGGAAGGGCACCGAAAGCCGCCUGAAGCGCAGCAGGGGUGCAGGAUGUACCCGGCCGAGAGCUUGGUCCUCCACCCCCUUCUUUCACCCGAGGAUAAGGCCAUUCUGGCUCCGGAGCCGCUGGUCAUGGAGGGCCUGGAGCCACUGAUGAGCCAGAUCAACAACUGGAACUUCCCCAUCUUUAACCUGGUGGAGAGGACCAAAGGCAAGUGCGGCCGGAUCCUCAGUCAGGUCACUUACAGGCUUUUUGAAGACACAGGUCUCUUUGAGACAUUCAAGAUUCCUGUCAGGGAAUUCAUGAAUUAUUUUCAUGCUUUGGAGAAUGGAUACAGGGACAUCCCAUAUCAUAACAGAAUUCAUGCCACCGACGUGCUGCAUGCAGUCUGGUACCUCACCACACAACCUGUGCCUGGCCUACCCAGUCUGGCCAAUCAGGAAGGCUCAGUCAGUGAUGACGCAGACAGUAGCAUCACCCACAGUUGCCUGGGCUUCCUCGUGUCCAAGACAAACCUGGUGGCGGAGCAGGGCUACGGCUCCCUAUCGGGCCUCAUCCCGGCCCUGGAGCUCAUGGCUCUCUACGUGGCAGCGGCCAUGCAUGACUACGACCACCCAGGCAGGACCAACGCCUUCCUUGUGGCCACCAGUGCUCCACAGGCAGUGCUCUACAAUGACCGCUCUGUUCUGGAGAACCAUCACGCCGCGGCCGCCUGGAACCUCUUCAUGUCACGGCCGGAGUACAACUUCCUGGCCAACCUGCAGCAUGUGGAGUUCAAGCGAUUUCGCUUCCUGGUCAUUGAAGCCAUCCUCGCCACGGACCUGAAAAAGCACUUUGACUUCCUGGCAGAAUUCAAUGCCAAGGUCGGUGAUGAUGGGUGUUCGGGAAUCGACUGGUCUAACGAGAAUGACCGGCUCUUGGUAUGCCAGAUGUGCAUCAAGUUGGCCGACAUCAACGGGCCACUCAAAUGCAAAGACCUGCACCUCCAGUGGACUGAGGGCAUUGUGAACGAAUUUUACGAGCAGGGGGAUGAGGAAUCCAGCCUGGGCCUUCCCAUCAGCCCUUUCAUGGACCGCUCGGCACCACAGCUGGCUAAGCUCCAGGAAUCCUUCAUCACACACAUCGUGGGUCCGCUGUGCAGCUCCUACGACUCGGCCGCCCUCAUGCCUGGCCACUGGGUGGAGCCGGGGGAGGGCGCAGCCAAGGAGGAGGGUGGUGAGGAGAGGGAAGGAGAGGGGGUGGUGCCGGGUGGAGUGGAGUCAGACGAGGAGGAAGAUGAGGAAGAUGAAGAUACGGCGGAGGAAGAUGCAUCCACCAGCUCAGAGCAAUCUCAGAAGCGAGGACCAAAGAAGCGACGGAAGGUUUUCUGCCAGAUCACCCAGCACCUGCUGGAGAACCAUGAGAUGUGGAAGAAGGUGAUCGCUGAGGACGCCCAGACCGAGGCCGAGGAGUCGGCGCUGGGCAACGAGCCCAUCCUCUCCAUCCAUGAGGAAGAGGAGGAGCCCGGGAGCAAAGAGGAGGACGUAGAGGAGUCGGGGGAGGAGGAGCAGGAGGAGGGCACGGAGGGGGAGGAGGCAGAGUCUCUGGAGGACGAGACGCCCGCGUCGCCUGAGACUGCAGAUGACCAGGCGGUGGAGGUGGAGGAGGAGGAGGAGGAGGAGGAAGAAAACCCUGAGUGAUGGAGGGACUGCGUCGGGUUACAGACAAGAAUGAAGAAAAGAGAGAGAGAGAGAGAGAGAGAGAGAAAAGAAACUGUCAGAGGAACACUUUCUAAUUUCCCAAACAAAGAGUCCUGACAUAUGGUUGCCAGCACAUCACUUAGACACAACACUGUAGACA